AUGGCUGAAGAACUUGAAUGGAAGAAGCUUCCGACAAUUGAGAAAGUCGAGCACAAGGUUUGCGUUUUUCGUACUUCACUAACCUCUGUGACCAGCAAUGGAAGGCUCGCGUUGAAGGAUAUGAAGAGGCUGUCAAGCUAUUUUCCACUCAGCCGUCUGAUAAGAGCCCUGUGUUCGGAGACUAUGUAGGUCUCAUGAAGAAAAUGGUCGUUGACAGCAACGCGAUAGCCCAGGAAAAGGCUUUGUCUGCUGUGUUGGCUUUUACGGAAAAUGCGGCUAUCGCAACCCGGUAAGUUAAUGUUUGUCUUCUAUUGUCUAGUGUUGCCUCCGACGUCUGCUCUGGGAUAGUCAAUAAGUGCCUUAAUUCAACGCGCGCGAAAACGAAAGAAAAAGGGAUUGAAAUUCUUCUCCUUUAUAUCGAACUGGAAAAGGGGGACGGGGUUGUGGAGGAAUUAAUCAAGGGUCUAUCAGCCAAGCAGCCGAAAAUCGUUGUCGGAUGCGUACAAGCUCUCAAAGAGGCCCUUUCGUAAGCGUGUUUUAGGUCUUGUUAAACAGAGUUAAGACUUUUCGGUUCGAAAGUCGUAUCAAUCAAGUCCGUUCUAAAGGAGACUGUUCGCCUUCUUGAGGAUCGUGAUGGGACCGUUCGAAAUGAAUCCAAGGAGCUUAUUGUCGAGAUGUAUAGGUGGGCCGGACCUGCUAUAAAACCACAACUCUCCGGACUAAAACCUGUCCAGGUACUUCUCGGUAAUAACUGCAUAUUGCCAAGGUAACUGAACUUGAAGCGGAGUUCGCGAAGCUGCCAGCUGCCAAGCCUGUGCCAACUCGGUACCUUGUCAGCCAAAAGCCCAAGGAAGAUCCACAUACUGCAGAAGUGACGUCUGAUAAGGCCCCUCAGGACCUCGAGAAUAACGAACCACAACUUGACGCAUAUGCCCUCGCGGAUCCAGUGAACAUUUUGUCUAAAAUUCCAAACGAUUACUGGGGAAAGAUAGUAAUGCAUCAGAAAAUGAUCAUGACGAUUAUUUUAGGAAGACAAAAAGUGGCAGGAGCGAAAGGAGGCUCUAACUCUUGUAGAACAGUUGACAGAUGUUAUCAAACUCGACAACGGGGACUAUUCAUCCCUUAUGAAUUCAUUAAUUAAAGUAAGUGUAUCACCCAUCUAACUUUAGCGACCUUAGGUUAUCUCGAAAGACACCAACAUUCUUUUGGUUGGCCAGAGUGCCAAAAUAGUUGCACAGAUCGCAAAUGCGCUGAGGGACGGAUUCAAACCUUAUGCUGUCUCAACCAUAAAGGCCUGUUUUGAGAAGUUUAAAGAAAAGAAGCCGACUGUGCUGGUCGCUAUUCGGGCAGCGGCGGAUGCUGCCCAAAAAUCGGUAAUUUAUUGCUCUUGUCUUCUUACUUCUUGUCUCUUGCACACUACCGAUAUGAUGGCUGUUAUUAACUAAGCAAAAUGCAGUUAUUUUGCAGAACUUGUUAUCAACACAAGUAGUAGCGAACCGGCUUUUUCCUGCUUCCGCCUUGUCUUCAUCUCUACUAUGCACCAGGCAUAGGUCCGAUAUGACUACCUUUUGGGUGUAAAUAUCAAAUUUACCAUGCUUAAGACGCAAAGACGACCCGAAUCUGACUCAAAAUGCUCGAUAUUAUGAAUGUGACCUGACAAAACGGUCUGUAUGGAAUUUUCCGCAAGACUUGCCCGGAUGAGCGACUUCGCGUACUUUUAGUAAAUCAAAAACCGAUUUCCCGUCAUCUCCACCAGCUGAUGUUCAAUUUGGCGUCGAAAUGAUCGAAUUUAUAGUCCAGACAGUGGGGGAAACCGAAGUAGCUCUGCUAUGACAAGUACGAAAUCCAGCUGCUAGUGAGGAUUUGAGACAGUCCUCAGGCCAACAUGACAGAUAUGGACCACAAAGUUUGUUCGUUCAUAGUGCUUGGACAUAUACCCGCAGAUCAUACUAUGUUUAAGUCGCCCCAAAAUUCAAGAUCCUUCAUGGUAAGUGUCGUACGCGGGUGGGGGGGUUCCGUGUAAGAUGAUAGUCAGUCCCAACUAGUGCGAGAUUGUCUUACAUCUUUUUGGCCCUAUUUCAUUUUACAGGUAACAUUGGACGGCAUACAGGAGGACGUCAUGGAGGCAUUAAAUAACAAAAAUCCGGGUAUUCGCGCUGAGACGGCCCUCUUUCUCAGUCGCAUCUUCGCCAAAAUGACCAUCGUAACACUUAACAAGAAGCUACUGAAGACUUUCGUAGUGCCCCUUCUCAAAUGUUCCGCCGACAUGGUGCUUGAGGUGCGCGAGGCGGCCUUUUGCGCUCUUGGUACUGCCAUGUUCGUUGUUACUGAGAAAAAUAUCUCGCCAUUCCUUGCGGAUAUCGACAACAUCCGACUCAAUCGUAUCAAGGAGUUCUACGAAAAAGCGGCCAAUGAGAAAAAAGAAGGUAGCAGUGGCGAUGCUGGUAAGUGGGCUUUCUGUCUUGCCUAAACCGUCUAAACCUCAUAAAUGAUACUAGUUAAUAUUCUGUUUUCUAUUACUUUCUGACUCUAAAUCGCGCCGCACGCAUGCUGUAUCUUGUAGUGCCUUGCCACAAACAUCCAUGCACGCACUCAAUAAAGGUGCUGGUAAUUCUGUUUGGCAUCGCUCAUUUGUGUAUGUCAAGGGAACCCUUGCAACAUCAGAAAAUAUCUUUCUAAGCUACUUUCUAGUUAAAAGAAAAUCCAGAUGUUCAGAAUAGUGUUCUGGUUUAUCAGAAAAGGUCUCCCAUGACCGUUCGGGGAGGCAAGACUAGUCCGUUAGAAACUGUCGGCUACCACGCUGAAAGGGUUAUAAAAAAACCGCAAAGCCCGAUGACGGCAUUGUGCUAUGGCGACCGUAUACCGCCGUUAAAUAAGUUUGCUUGCCACCGCUGCCUCGCGGUUAGGCUUUUAAGCCAAAGCGCUAGAGGGGACAAAGUCGAGCAAACAACCCAAGCGGCUGUUGGGGACCCGUCUGUAUCCGAAAUUCCCAAGUAACCUCAUAAAGUAUGUCCGACUAUAGCAUUACGACCCAUGCUACGGCGUCCGCGGCAACCGACGCGCUCCGCAUCCUUGAUCCAGUGGUGCGGGCAAAUAGUAUACGAACUGGACUACUCAGGCGGGGACGGACUCUUGGUAUUGAAUGCUGAAAUGUGCGAACGUUCCAGGACUCCGGUACCCAAAGUCUGACCGCACGCAGCCUUAAUCAGUACAACGUGGAUGUCUACUGUCUGUUUGAAGUCCGACUUCCUGACUGGAUACUCAAGAGGGCCCUAUACGAGGGUGACGUUGUUGAAUUUGCACCCGGACACCGACUGACUGACCGCGACUAUGCCGAUGAUAUUUCCUUACUUGCUUCAAGUUUUGGUGUUCUUCAGUCUAUGGUCUCACAUGCGAACGAGGUCGCUAAAUCAGUCGGUUUUUCCAUGAACACUGGGGAAGGCUCAAGUGUUUUCAAGCUGCAUCCCUGACCAAGAGAGGACACCUCUCGGGAUUGAUGGCUGUCAACUUGAAGAAGUAGACAGUUUUAAAUACCUCGGAGCAAGGCUGCUGCCGAAUGGCCAGAGCGGGGAUGACAUUGUCUUCCGAAUUAAUGCUGCCCGACGGGUUUUCUCAAGCCUCCGAAAGUGUCUAUGGAUCGGACACGACCCCUCCAUCGCCACUAAGAUUCGCGGGUACCGUGCAUCAGUCCGGUUUUUCCCUCUUUAUGGUUGUAAAUGCUGGGCUGCGCGCGUGGAGGGCGAGCUAAAACUGGAGGUGUUCGACUACUACUGCUUGAGGACCAUCCGUCGAGUGAAAUAUACCGACUUCGUCUUAAAUUAGACAGUCCACGCUCGCUGCGACAGUAUCGCAAGAAUAACUCAGGCCAUCCAAGAAAGACGACUGAGGUGGUUCAGGCAUGUUCUUCGUCGUCCACCCCAGGAGCUCACGGUUACUGACUUAGAUCCGACACCGUUGCCCCAUUUGAGGCAUCGAAGAGGGCGUCAACUCAAAACCUGACUCGACACAGUUCUUCAAGACAUGGAGGUGAUUCUUGGACUUUCGGUAUUCGUUCUCCGUCGUUGGCGAAGAGAAUGGGUUGAGUUGUCCAGAUCUGCUGCCGCGGAUCGCCACGCGUGGAGAGGUACAGCUCGGGACAUCAUCGAGUCCGGCUCGGUUAGGCAUGAUCGCAGCCGUACCAAGUACAAGUACACUGAUACUCCCGCUCUGAAUGAUAGUGGAAAAAGAAAUAGGCAUUUAGUGUUUCGAAGCUGAUGGUCUGCAUUGAGGCCUGCGCAAAAUGCCCUAUGCACAAUGUUUCUUGCUUAUUUUCGUAGUCACUAAAAGAGCAGAUGACGAAAAUCACAGAAGUGUCAGGUUAUUUUGCGACACUUGAUGUCCUUGCAAACAUCCUCUAGUGAAGAUCAGUUAAAGCCAGAAGACAACGGAUUUAUCAUUUACUUGCCGCUCAUAGGCAGGACCGUGGUAUUAUUUAAAAAAACUGGACUGAGUACUUUUCUGCCCACUUUGAGUCGACUUUUUGAGUCACUUCUUGCUUGCUGCUCCAAUUUCAACAUAGGUAGGCUUCACGUCGAUUAUGAUCGGCGUUACUUCCAGGUAUGUUUAUCGGUGGUGCCCAAUCCUCGUCUUUUAAAGUAUGCUGAAACCUAUUUAAUCGCCCUGUUUGAUUAUUGUCGGGAGGCCGAUCUUCAGCAGCGAGCUUAUUGGUGCUAGGCUUUCCGGAUAUAUCACCCCCCUUCAGAAUGAACGGUUGCACGCGGACGGCCCUAGACAGCAUAACGAUUGCCACCAGCACUCUGUCCGCCGUUCGCACGACAGGAAAGCAAGCCAAUCCUCACUAACCGAAUCGAUAUAGGCUGUAAGGAAAGUAGUAAAACAAUUGUGCAUAUCCAUGCCUCAUCCCGUUAGUAAAAGAAAAGUGGCCACGAGAGCCACCUCAAUUGCAAUUGCAUAUAGUCAUCUCUUCCAACUUUGAUAUUGGCUUUGAUUCCACCUGACAAUUGAGACCAGAGGAUCUUGACCGACCAGUAGACUAUGUGACAUGGAUUAAUUCCUUCUUUUUAUCCUUAAAUACACCAGGCAAGGGGGCCCCAUCCAACUCUGAUGCGACCCCCGUGGCUCCCUCAAAGCCAACCUUCAAGGUCGUGAAGGGCAAUAAGCCCGCCGGAGCUGCAGCGGGAGAAAGUAAAGCAGCGCCAGCAAUUCCGGGUGAGGAUGCCCCAAGGCCUGUUAAGUCUUCGGGCGCAAAGAAAAAGGCCGACACAGCAGCCCCUCCUUCCGACGGUCUACCCAGGGAGCAGCUCUGGUCCGACGACGUCUUAGAAGCCAAAAUCGCCGAGUAAGAACCUGUCCUUUUGAAUGUCUGCAAUGUCUAAGCAGUAAAGCUCCAUCCAGCGUAAUUAAUUCCAGAACCCCAUCAAUUACAACGCAGUAUGCUUCGUUGCUUUUAAGGUUGACAUGCAAAACCCUUGGGUAGUUGCUUUCUUAGAGCCCACCACCGUCAUUACCUUCAAGUAUGACACUACAGGGCUCAUGUCCGUUUCCUUCGCUUGGAGACCGAAAUCUUUCCUAGUGGUCAUGGCUGAAACAUAAUGCAUUCCUAUCUGAGCCGUACUUUUGUGCCAAAGGAAAAUACGUUUCGUUAUUGCUAGAUUCGCACACAGACCAGUCCUCCUCGGUCACCUGUAGUUGGAAAACAUCUUUUCACUCCGUUCUCUUGAGCAUGUUAGUAAUUAAAAGUGCCUGUUUCGUAUUUGCCGUUCACAUUCUUGACCGCUCGGUCAGAUUCAAGGUCUACCUGCUUUUAGUGUUUAAGUCGUAUGUCGCCGAUGCCACGCAUGCUUCUGAUGAUAACAGCGUAGAUGGGAGGGAAGGCCUACCUAGCAAACAGACAAUGAUAGAACUGGAGUAACGAGGACCCCCAUCACCUUGCAAAGCAGAUUUGUUCGCACCAGGCCGCUACGAUGGAUAAUCCCCCACUGGAACCAUGUUAAACAACGUAAAGUCAGUUGCAGUCUUGCACUGGCUCUCUUCGACUAAUUUAAAAAAAAAUAUGUAGGGUUUUCAUUGUAAUGACGCACUGCCUGAUCUUACAUAACUUAGUCUCUGUUUACUGCGCACGUGACCCAGCUGCGAAGCCAUGGUUUUGAGAUUUGACCGGGGACUCCGCAGUCUCAUCGCCCAUUUUUGUCAUUACAACUUAAUGAGUAACUUCUUUUUCACACUGACAUGACGCGCCUUUUGGGAACGCCAAGUCUGUAGCGGUUGUUUGUGAUCCACGUUUUGUCGGCAUGAUGCGUAACGGGGCUCGCAACAGAACUUCCUAUCGCCAGAACAGAAGACGUGCAAAGUUCUCCUCGACCAUGUGCCCUCAAGGGCGUUAUAAGACAUCAACGGAAAUAGAGUUCUUUGCUGCACGCUUCGCAAGGACUUGAAUGCAUUCGGCCGCCCAGAAGCUUGCUUUUCACAGACUUCAAUAUUAAUAGGUAUAAUUUGUUUCUUCCUAUCUUUCAUCUCAUCGAUCAACUGGCUUGUUAGAGACACGAGUCCAAAAGAGUGUGAACUCGACCCCAGGUCUCCGUGGCCUGCCGUCGUAAUUUUACUGCUCACUAUCCUCUCUUCCUAGCUUCACGUACUUAACAACUGACUAAACAGUCCUAAGAAACCUCUCCUUAAAUCCGCGUAAAAGCGGAAGUCAGUUGGCAGCUAGUGCCCACGAUGAUAGAUCGAAUUAUUUAGCCACAUCCUUGUGUGUAGAGCCAUAGUUUCAGUUGCGCUCUCUAGGGAAUUCACAUGUUGCACUCCAUCCCCUUUUACGCUGCUCCACUGGUGAAUAUGCAAAUUAAGGUAUGCGUAACAGUUGACUUUCUCGAGCUCCCCACCAUCCAUGCGGACUGACGGCACGCCUCGGUGUCCAGUCGUUGAACUUCAGCCAGCGUAUUCCAUCUUUUAGGGGCUGCCCAAGACUUAGCUUGGCCUCAGCUGUACCAAUUUCCCUUUAAAUGCUUUUUUUACUAUUCCAUCCUAUAUGAGUCGUGGCCAUUGAUUAGUCGCACCUGGUUGCUGUUUGUUUCCUCCCUGUUUGUGGGCUUAAGCUUUUUGACUAACCAACUUCAUCUCCGUCAUAAUUGACCUUUUAGAGCCUACGCAGAGACCCUUAUAGCCCAGCUCGCCUCGGCCGUAUGGAAGGAGCGUCUUGAGGCUAUGGAGACCCUUCGCAACAGCGUUACUAAGAUGCCACCGGAACAGCUUUCCUGUCAACUUAUUUGUCGCCUUCUCCUGAAGAAGCCUGGCCUCAAGGACAACAACUUUCAGGUGUGUGUGUGUGAGGCCUGA